AGGAGUGACCGCCCUUGAAUAUAUUUCAAUAUGAGCGAUCCGCCGCCGGACUACGAUGAAAAAGGUAGACCUCAACCGUAUGGACAAAGAGGUCCGCAGCCACAGCAGUAUGGACAAGGAGGGCCACAACCAUAUGAACAUAUGGCUCUCAGUCAACCAUAUGAUCCAGUUCAAAUGAAUCCCCAGCAACAAUACGGCCAACAUCCACAACCAAUGAUGACGCAUUCCCAACAUCAAACAAAUACCACAGUGAUUGUCCAGCAACCGACAACCGUUCAAAAUGACCGUAUCCUUGGACCUAAAGACGGACAUAGAGAUUGGAGCAGUGGUCUUUUCUCUUGUUGCGAUGAUGUUGAAAAAUGUAUGUGGACAUUGUUUUGCCCGAACUGCGUACUAGCUGAUAUUUCCGCUAGGCUUGGAGAAUGUGCUUUCGUGACAUGUUGUGUUCCCGGAGGUAUCGCUACUAUCCGUACACGUGUUCGAACUCUUGGUGGUAUCAGGGGAUCAGUCUGUAAAGAUUAUAUGGCUACAGAAUGCUGUCAACCUUGUGUCAUGUGCCAACUACAGCGAGAACUAGAAUACAUGGGACUCUAAUCUAUAAUCUAUAACUACAUCCAGAACUCGAAUACAUGGGAUAUGCAAUUUUGUUAUUAUGCUUAUGUAAUUAAUGUCAAAAAUGCAGCGUAUAUUUCUCAAGUAAAUAUGGACAGCCAAACAAAAGUUCCGUGUCGUACCACUUUCUAUGUUCAUUCAAUUUGCAUAACAUGACACACUUCUAUAAAUAGCGCACAUAAAAAUCUUUACACGUUUUCAUUUUAACAUCGACAAAAUUAUUAGAUUUUGUGCGAUAACAAAACAACAGACAUAAAGGUGGAGGUAUAUAUUAAAAGGAUCAUGACAAUGAGACUCGUGGAUUUUGCAAGGACGGAUCACCCUCGGUGCUUGCGCGUCUCGUGAGAUUCUAUCAGGCAAAAUUCACUCGAGCCGAAUACACCACCACAGAUCGAGCUACUAUUAUAAUAACCACAUUUUAUUUUAUGCUAACUAAUGAAAUACUGUACUCUAUCAGUUAAAUAUUUUUAUAUCGCACCACCCACACUGUGAAAAUGUGAAAUCUAUAUUUUCACACUGUGAGAGAUAUAGCUCCGCCACCUCAUAGGCCUACAUUGUGUAUUAAUUUUAAAUAAUUUGCUUCAAACAGGAUGAAAAUUGUAGUCGCACUUUGUUCUUAAUAGUUUAUCUCUCGAUUCAAAUUAUUUUACUUAAUGAGAAUUUCAUAACGUUAUGCAGCAAAAAUGAAAUAAAAUGGA